GCCUGCUACGCAAGCGCAAAGACCUGAGUUCGAUCCCCGGUACCAAAAAAGAAAGAAAGAAAAGAAAACUAGUCAUAUAUAAAGGAUACAGAACCAGAAACUACCCCUCUACCUAUAGGAGGGGUGACUCUUAUCCCACAGUGUUAGAGUGGAUCCCUUAUUUUAAGCACUAGAAAAAAGCACAGCAUCAAUAUACCAAGGAGAGACGCUGGUUCCCUAGGGUGCCUGUGAGUGGAUCUGGUAUUCUUUAGGGCAACUAAAUGUAGAUCAACUUGGUGUAAUUCAAAAAAACCUGAAGACCUGGUGGGGAACUAAUGAGAGGUUAAAAACUUUUCAGUUGCUCCAUUUUAGCUCCCUUGGCAGUUAGAGACUUUGUGGUAGAGCAAGCUCUAUUUCAGAAGCAGUUCUUAUUUUACUGUCCCCAUUCUUAACACUGAAUGUCAGCUUCCUGAGACCUUCUCAGAGGUGUAACCUUUUAAUAGUGGAUGAUUACAGGAGUGCAGUCCUUAUAGGAGCAAGGAAAUGAAGAGAUUUUGUCCCUUCUCUAACAAGUGAUUACAACUGAAAUAAGACCUGUUGUCUAAUUUUACCUGCUUUUGUUCUUACAGGACUGUUGAAGCCUGGAAGUCCCCUCCCCUCCCCCCUCCCCCCUUUGCCGCUUUGUGGCACCCCCCUCCCUCCACCCUUUCCCACUCAGCAUCUGGCCAUGACAAGCAGAAGCACAGCCAGGCCCAAUGGGCAGCCCCAGGCCAGCAAGAUAUGCCAGUUCAAAUUGGUCUUGCUGGGAGAAUCUGCAGUGGGAAAGUCUAGCCUGGUAUUACGUUUUGUCAAAGGUCAGUUCCAUGAAUACCAGGAGAGUACCAUUGGAGCGGCCUUCCUUACCCAGUCCGUUUGUCUAGAUGAUACAACAGUAAAGUUUGAGAUCUGGGACACAGCUGGGCAGGAACGAUACCACAGUUUAGCCCCCAUGUACUACAGGGGUGCCCAAGCUGCAAUUGUGGUUUAUGAUAUUACUAAUCAGGAAACCUUUGCCCGAGCAAAGACAUGGGUGAAGGAACUACAGCGGCAAGCCAGUCCCAGCAUUGUCAUUGCCCUGGCCGGGAACAAAGCUGACCUGGCCAACAAACGCAUGGUGGACUAUGAGGAGGCCCAAGCAUAUGCAGAUGACAACAGCUUAUUGUUUAUGGAGACUUCAGCCAAGACAGCCAUGAACGUGAAUGAUCUCUUCCUGGCAAUAGCUAAGAAGUUGCCAAAGAGUGAACCCCAGAAUCUGGGGGGUGUGGCAGGCCGAAGCCGAGGCGUGGAUCUCCAUGAGCAGUCCCAGCAGAACAAGAGCCAAUGUUGUAGCAACUGAGGGGAUGGCUAGCAGCAAACAAGUAUGGAGCUAGCACGAGAGCUAAGACAUAACCUCCAUCCCCACCCCUCAGCACACAGCCCCUAUGGUAACAGCACACUGAGCCCUGGCUCCCAAGGGCUGCCUCCUGCCAGCUCUGUCAUGGCACUUUUUAACGCUUCAGCAACCAACACCAGGCAGCUGUUGCCACUGGCCUCCUACCCUCUCCUUGGGGGUUCGGGGGUCAAAUUUCCCCAGGACUUACCUUCCAAAACAAACUUUCUUCACUUUGUAUUAUAGGUGCAAGACAGUGACCUACUUAUCUUUCCUCUUCCUCCCCUGUGUUCUUCCCCAUUUUUUCAGAAAACAUUUUUUGUCUCCUGGCCCUCCCCUGCUUUCUGCUUUUGGUCAAUCUUUGUUUUUGUUUUUGUUUUGGUACCGGGGAUUGAACUCUGACCUUGCGCUUUCCAGGCAGGAGCGGGAACCACCGAGCUAAAUCCCUGGCCCCUGGUCAAUCUUUGUUCAUGAUCCUCCUUUCCUCCUCCCAGGAUGGAGAAGGUGGUGAACCCAAAAACUGAGAAGGGAGGUUAGUAGAGUUCAGUGGAUUAUGGGCCCUGGGGAAGCAUAAGGCUCAGAGCAGGAGAGGAAGGAAAGUUCCUCCCUCUUUGUUUUCAUUUGGUUGGAGUUUCUCAUAUUUGAAACCACUGCAGUAUCCGUGAGUUGGCCUUGUGGAGGGUUUUCCUAGGGAGAGGUGACAACUGGGAGGCAAGGUCUCAGGAACACUGUGAGAGUCAUAUUGUUAGCUGGCUGAACAGAGGCAGAGGUGCAGGCUCAUCUGUGGCUCUGGAACUCUGCCAAGGCCCAGUUUUCCACACCCAUCCUCUUAGGUAGCUUCUUCCCUAGAGUGGGGAUUGGAGUCUGGAGUCCUCCAAGGAAUCUUCACUGGUUGCCUGCACCUUCGGCUCUGCCGAGC